AUGUCCGUUUUAGGUAACACAACCCCACGUGAAAUCAAGAAAUCGUCAAAGCUAGAGCAUGUUUGCUACGACAUUCGUGGACCAGUGUUACGAGCGGCCAAUGAGAUGGAAGAAGCCGGUCAUAAAAUUAUUAAAUUAAAUAUCGGUAACCCCGCCCCGUUCGGCUUUGAAGCCCCGCAAGAAAUUAUCAAUGAUGUGGCUUUAAAUUUGCCUAAUGCUGUCGGUUAUACAGAUUCAAAAGGAAUCUUCCCUGCGCGUAAAGCCAUCUGUCAGUAUUAUCAGCAAAAAGGUAUCUUGGAUUUACAUGUUAAAGAUGUGUAUAUCGGGAAUGGUGUAUCUGAACUGAUCGUUAUGGCGAUGCAAGGUUUAUUGGAUGAUGGCGAUGAAAUGCUGGUUCCAAUGCCAGAUUACCCAUUAUGGACGGCAGCCGUAAAUCUAUCAGGUGGUACAGCGAUUCACUAUAAAUGUGAUGACCAAAACUACUGGUAUCCUGAUAUGGCGGAUAUGGAAAGUAAAAUCACCCCGAAUACUCGUGGUUACCGUUCUGGUUGGAUGGCGAUUACGGGUGAUAAGUCUCGUGCAAUGGAUUACAUUGAAGGCUUGGACAUGCUUGCCUCUAUGCGUUUAUGUGCCAACCAUCAAGCCCAAUAUGCGAUUCAAACUGCUUUAGGUGGAUAUCAAUCAAUUAAUGAUUUGAUCCGCCCAGGUGGUCGUUUAUAUGAACAACGCAAUAUUGCUUGGGAAAUGCUUAACGAUAUUCCUGGCGUGUCGUGCCUGAAAAAGUUUUACUGGUUCAAGGAACAGGUUUUAACUGGCCUACACCUGAUCAUUUCCGUGUGGUAUUCCUUCCUGCAGAAAAUGAAUUACGUGAAGCAAUGA